AUGGGAGCUCAACGACCGAAGUUUCUUCACUUGAUCUUGAUCGAUCCUAUUCCAUUCUUGAGUGAGCGCCGUCCAACAACAACUAGCGUUACAACUGAUAGUUCAAUAGAUACAACAGAUGAAGCAACAACUAGCGCUACAACUGAUAGAUCAACAGUAACAACAACUAGCACUACAACUAAUAGUUCAACAGAUAUAACAAAUGGGUCAACAACUAGCGCUACAGCUAAUAGUUCAACAGAUACAACAACUAGUGCUACAACUGAUGGUGCAACAGAUGAAUCAACAACUAGCGCUACAACUAAUAGUUCAACAGAUACAACAACUAGUGCUGCAACUGAUGGUGCAACAGAUGAAUCAACAACUAGCGCUACAACUAACAGUUCAACAGAUACAACAAAUGAUUCAACAACUAGCGCUACAACUAAUAGUUCAACAGUAACAACAAAUGGGGUAACAACAAAUGGGUCAACAACUAGCGCUACAACUGAUAGUUCAACACAUACAACAGAUGAUUCAACAACUAGCGCUACAACUAAUAGUUCAACAGAUACAACAACUAGUGCUACAACUGAUGGUGCAACAGAUGAAUCAACAACUAGCGCUACAACUAACAGUUCAACAGAUACAACAAAUGAUUCAACAACUAGCGCUACAACUAAUAGUUCAACACGCUACAACUAA